AUGGCGGCAGCGGGGCGGGGUUGGAAGUGCGGAGUCUGCAACGCCAAGGCGGGGGACCUGGUGUGCGGCGCGUGCGUGACGCGGGAGGCGGAGCGGCGGAGAGCGGAGAGGGCCAAGCGGUUGGGGGCGCUGGAGAGCGUUCGCGAGGCGGCCACUGUUGCGGCGCAGGAGCGUGGGGUCGCCGUUCAGCACGACGCGCGGCUGCAGAAGGAGGAGGCCGAUGAGUGCCGGCUGAAGGAUCAUGUCCGCGAGGUUGCCAAGAGGGUCGCGGAAGAGCGAAUCAAGGUCGCGAGCGCGGCGUUCGCCCUGAAGCACCACCGCGACCUCCUCGCCGCGGCGGAGUCGCACCUGUCCCGCGAGCAGGCCUCGGCGGUGGAAAUGAACGAGGCGCUCCUCAUCGGCCUGAGGCGGCACGCCGAGGACGCCGCGCGGACGCUCCGCCAGAGGCGCUGGCGCAAGGUGGUGCAGCUCUUCGUGCUCCUCCCCGUGGAGCCAUCGAUGCCGCCGCGCCGAGAAUGGCCGCUGAGAGGCAAGAAGAACUUGGGGGGAGGGGAUCACUCUCCGGGGACCGCGCCGUCGACAGCGGAGAGCGAGGAAGGCAGGGAGGUAACUAGGUUGCCGCCGCCGGGCGGCGGGGUGGCGAAGGCCGGGGGCGGCGGCGGAGGGGAGGUGGUCAGCGGCGUGAGUACCCUGGUGGACCUCCCUUUGCCGAACAACGGGGACUACAGCCAGGUGCCCGCAGACGUGCUGAUGGCCUCCCUGGCGUUGGUGGCGCGCCUCGUGGCCGCUGUGGCCUCCUGCCUCGGCGUUUCUCUGCCGCACCCGCUCUUCCCGGCGGCGUCGACGCGGUACGCGACAAUCUCGGUCGACUCGUCGCCGAGAGAAAGAUCUAGCCAGUACCCCUUGUGCCCUCUGUCCAAGCUGGCGGAGAUAGGGGUCAUGGGGGCAGCUUCUGCGGUGUGCAAAACCAUGGGUGCUUUCGACACGGCGCUGGAUCUCCUUCGAAACGAUAUAGUACAUCUCUGCGUCGAAGGGGCUAACGUCCCUGUCGAUAGUCUGUGGCCCGCGGAAGCACUCCUUCUCAAUCUCUGGGAGCUACAGCAGCACGCAAUGUCAGAGCUUCGAAGUUCCUCCCCAAUGGUGGACGUCCCGCUGCCAAUGCCGCGGGAUCCUCCCGAGCCAAAGAGUGCCGGGUUUCAUCGCCUCGGCUCGAGAGGGGGCGCGUCCGGUAGCAGGGAUCGGGCAUCAGCAAAGGCAUCAGCACAGGCAUCUGAUGGGUACCGCCGCCGGAAAACAGCGGGCAUGAGGAGCAGGCUAGGGUUGGGGUUGGGUUUCACGACCGCCGCGGCUACGCCCCCACCGCCGCCGGCAACCGAGGCGGGGACAGCCUUGCCAGGAGGAGGGAUGGAAGAAGACUAUGAGUUUGUUGGCGGCGGCGGCGGCGACGGCGGCGACGGCGGGGGCGACGACGGAGUAGAGGACGACGGCGGAGGUCGGGAUCGGGGGGAAUUGCGAUCGGAAGAGGCUGAUAAUCCUGGGGGUCGCGGUUGGCGGCCGCGGGAAGCGUUGGGGGGAAGGUUGGGCUGA